UCUGAAGGGGGAUUUUCGUUGCUUGUAGAUAUUGUGUCCUGUACAUUCAUUUACAAGCUGUCAGGCAGAAAUUACACAGCCUCUGCUCCUCUGAAUACAUUUUUUUUCGAAUGUGUUUAUGAAAUGCCCACAACUUCCUCAAAUGCGUACAAUGUAGCUGACUGACUGGAGAGUCGAGUUUUUUUUUUUUAGCAUUUUCAGAUUAACAAGAUCCUGAGCUGCUCUUGGUGUGAGGUUGGAUACUUCGGACGUCCUGAAGGAAGUACCCAAGAAUAUGAAACCUUUUCGAAGCAAUGUGUAAGGUUCAGUAAUUGAAUCGUACCGGACUUUACCUGCUGAGCUAAGCAGCGGAAAGAGGAAGACUACUGGUGAAUUAACAUGCAGCUGUAAUGUUAACAUGGUGGAUUUGCAUUGGGCCUGACAAUUGAAUUCUCAAACGCCUGGCUUCAUCGCUAUGUCUCUGAAACUUCCAGGAAAAUGGGAUUUUUCCUUGAAAUCCGACCUUGCACGUAGAGCAGUCCGAACGGUCAGCAUGAUGACCAGUGAUCAAUCCUUGUCGGCUGGGCGCCUUCACAAUUCCAUGGAGAAGCCAGUCAAGAGUGGUUGGCUUAAGAAGCAACAGAAGAGCAUAGUUAAGAACUGGCAUCAAAAAUAUUUUGCCCUAAAGGGGCAACAUCUCUGGUACUACAAAGAUGAAGACGACAGCAAACCACAGGGAUUCCUGUUUUUACCCAGAAGCUUGGUUAGCGAGGUAUCCUGUAACCCUGAUGAUGUGGGGAAAUUCAUCUUUGAAGUGAUUCCAGGGGUAUCUUUUGAUCCCAACAAGCCAGUAUCAGAUGGCUACACCCUUAUGGCUAAUUCACAGACUGAGAUGGAGGAAUGGGUAAAGGCUAUCAAAAAAGCAGCUGGAUUCCCAUCAGGAGCUGUGUUUGGCCAACGUCUUGCAGACACCAUGUUAUAUGAGAAGAAGUAUGGAAGGCACCUGGUCCCAAUAUUAAUGGAAAAGUGUUCAGACUUUAUCCUGGAGAAGGGCCUGAAUGAAGAAGGGAUAUUCCGCCUCCCUGGACAGGAUAACCUGGUCAAACAGCUAAAAGAAGCCUUUGAUGCCGGAGAGCGACCAUCAUUUAGCAGUGAUACAGAUGUCCACACAGUGGCAUCUUUGUUUAAACUCUAUCUGAGAGAAUUGCCAGAGCCAGUUUUCCCUUGGUCACAGUAUGAGGACUGUCUUGCUUGUGAAAGUACUAUAGCCAUUGAUGAGGAAAAGGGUCAUGAAGAACUUAGAAAACAAAUAAUGCUUCUUCCUAGAGAUAAUUACAACCUUCUUUGCUUUAUUUGCAGAUUUCUUUACGAAGUACAAAAAAAUUCCAGUGUAAACAAAAUGAUUGUAGAGAAUUUAGCUAUGGUGAUUGGUGUCAACCUUCUGAAACCAAAGACAGAAGAGCCAGUGGCCAUAAUGAGAGGAGCUCCUCAGAUCCAGAAGCUGAUGACAGUCAUGAUCAGCCAACAUGAAAAGUUCUUUCCUAAAACCAAUGAUCAGACUCCAGAACCUGCAUCACAAAGUAAAGAUUUUAAAAUGGGACAGCUGCCACGCAGUUCAGUAGGCUGGGAUGCAGCAGAAGAAAGUUUUUCACCUUCAGGAGAUCCGCCUAAAUAUCAUGGGAAAUACAAAAGUGAUUCCCGUGGCUCCUCUACUUCUUCAGAUAGUAUGUCACUUAAUGAAGACUAUUACUCCUUACAAACAGAUAACUCAGAAUCAUGGAUUACAGCUCCUAGAAAACGAACCCAAACUCUGCCUAUUACAAACUUUAACAUGCCCAAACAACAAGAUGACAGCAGUACCAGCACUUUUAACAAAACAGACAUAUUCAGCAGUGAAUUUUGGUCAUCUCCAAAUGGAAAGUCAUCUUUAAUGUCAUAUCCUCACCACAAGAGGACCCUUUCAGAGGAAAUCUCCCAACAACGUACAUCAACCUAUGAUAAUGUCCCUAUACCUCAAAGUGGCAGUGGAAGCAGCAAACCAUAUUGUCCCGUUACUGAAUGUCCUGUGAGCAAGGGAAGUACAGAAAGUAAUAAACUUGGUCCUGGCCUCCUUAGAAAUGGUGUAGAUUGUCUUGUUACAGAGAAAAUAGAAGGCAACACUUGUGGCUUGUUGGCCACUGAACUAGAAGAAAUGAAAAUUCACAACAAACAACUUGAGGAAAGGGUGAAAAGCAUAGAGAAAGAGAACUUUGACGUGUGGAAAAAAGUAGUGAAAUUGAAUGAAGAUCUAGAAAAAGAACAAAAUCAACGGAAGGCUCUAGAAAUUACCCUGCAAAACAUGGAGCGAUCACGAGAUGACGCAGAGAAGAGGAACAAACUUUUGGAACGGGAGAUCCAAGGCUUUGUGAGGGCAAUGAGCCAAGCUGGAAACAAGCCAUAAUCGAUUCAUAAUUACUAUGAGAGAAAAGAUGAUAGAGCAAUCUGUACCCUGUAAGGAACUGUAAUUAAGAAGCAGCGUAUGGUGGAGAAUUGUGGAUGAACAUAGCGGGAUUACUGCCAAGAACUGCUGUACUUCUAAGCCCAGUGACAUUGCACACAUCCAAAUUAUCUACUGCCUCACAUGCCUUUUUUAUUCUUAGUACAAAAAUAUAUUUUGUAAAAGACUGAAAAACUUUUUUGCACCUUAGCACAGUGCUGCCCUUUGCACUUACCUCGUUUGCCCAUUGGGUAAAUAACAUCCAAAGGGCUGGACUUGCAGUGAAAAGGGGACAAUGCCUUUAACAUACACAAUUUUGCAUGUGUUCACAAAACUAAACUUUCCUGACUCCUAUUUACCAAUGGUGUUUAUACUGGGUCUUUAGGGAGCCAACUACAAACUCUGUAGUGGCUGCAGUGAUGUAUAAAACUUUAUAAAAAAAAAAAUGAAGGAACUGAGGCAGAGCAUCUCAGAGUAACUUGCGUAAGCCUGCAUGUGUGGUCAGAUAUAACACCCUUUCUUGUUUCAUCCACAGCUUUCAGAUUAUUGGUAUUUUGACAUUGCCUUAUAUUUAUUUCUGCAAAGGAGGAAAGUAUACUGUCAAAUCUUAAGCAAAUAUCAUUUCACUGAAUCAGAACUUACUGAAAGCAAUACAAAUGUAAGCUAUCACAGCUCAUUUAAGUAUGAACUUUCCUGGUUUCAACAAAAUGGGUCUCCUGAGCUAAAAUCACGGAAAGUACGAGGUGGAAGGUGUGUGUCUACAGAACGAGGAGCCUAAAGCCAAUGUAAAAAGUGAGGUCAAAAGCAUGCACAGGCAGUAUUAGGCAAAAUGUGGAUGUGUUUUUAAGUAUUACCCACAAUACGCUGACUACACUGCAGUAUACACCCAAAAUACAGUCACACACAGGAUACUGCAACAUGCAACCCAAUGCAGUCAGCAAGCCAGCAUACAUGACAAAUACACCACAUCCUGUAAAAGGUAAAUGGAAAAUGUAGCGCUAAAAAGUUGAAUAAGCAAUAUUCCCCCGUUGAAGUCUACUUUGACGAAACGCGUCGGUCCUGGGUUCUUGCUCCCCAUAUUGCUCAUUUUUACUUGUGAUCACAAAUUUUUAUUUCUACGGAUGCCAAUCAGUUUUUAAUCAAUAAAACCUAUCCUUUUUGAUCUAUA